AUGUUUACUUAUGCCAACAUACCGUUCAAAGACACUAGAGUCAGUUUUCAAGAAUGGGGCAAGAUUCGAAAGGAUAAGACACGUAAGUUUUCUAGCUCCAGCCCCGAGCCCUAGCCGAGAACUCUAGCCUAGAGUCCCAGAUCAGAGCCCUAGCCAAAAGCGCUAGCCCAGAGCCCUAGCCUAAAGCCCUAGUCCAGGACCCUAGCUUAAAGUCCUGGCCCAGACCCCAGCUCAGAACUCUAGCCCAGAGCCCUAGCCUAGGAGUGUCCUAGCUCAAAGUAGACAUAAAGAACAGGCCAGGCCGGAGUGUUAGAUCCGGGCCGAUUUAAAUUUUGUUUAAGCCCCUAGCUCUAGCUUUGCCUCUAGGUUUGAUCCCAGUCCUAGCUUUAGACCUACAGGUACUUUAGCUCUACCUUGAAUUAGUUUUACUUUACCCUUACGCUACAUUUAUAAGUCAUUAUUCUAUCAAAACUUAUUUAAAAGCUUAUCAUUAUUUAUAAUUUUUAGGUUUCCCAUAUGGCCAAAUGCCAAUUCUUAUGAUUGGUGAUACAUUGAUUGCACAGAGUCAUGCAAUUAUUCGUUAUGUAGCUGCUGAAGCUAAUUUGGCUGGUAGAAAUAAAGUAGAAGCUGCUGAAAUUGGCCAGCUUUAUGAACUAUGUCAUGAACUGUUUGAGCCGUUGAUCCCUUAUCUCAGGGUUACAUUAGGGAUUUGGAGAGGUGAUAAGGUGGGUUUAAACUAAUUUUUUUGUUAAUUUAAACUUGAAUUACAUAACAAUUUUUAGAUAUUUUUUUCCUUUUUUAAUUAAAAAUAGGUAUAUUAAGACUUCUUUAGCUUAAACUUAUUGUGCGCCACCAUUUUCAUAGUACUCAAUACUACAGUACGACACAAAAAACGAAAUUUUAUUUAUUUUAGAAAAAAAUGUACAAAGAAGUAGUAGUACCAAAUGUUCAAAAAUAUGCACCACUAAUAGAAGAUCAUAUUGGUGCUAAUGGUUAUGUUCACAAGUCAGGAAUUUCCUAUGUUGAUUUUUACUUGGCUGACAACGUAAUGGCUUUUCAAAAUUAUCAUCCAGAUCUUUUCGAUUCGUACCCAAAUAUCUUGGCGUUGAAAGAGAAGUUUCUACAGAUGCCAGAGUUAAAAGAAUAUUUUGAAAGCGUUUUUGACCCUGUAAAGAAUAGAAGCAAGUUGUAA